UUUAAAAGGUGGUGGAUAUUUCCUUUUCUGGCUUUUAUGGCGACUGCAACACCGUCACCACUCGCCAGCUCUUUUGAGAAGACAAAUGGGAACAAGCUAUGCAGGCUUCUCAUCGAUGGCGGAACAACAGUGCUGAGGAAUAUUUUUGAUUACUAUCACCCUCCUGCCAACUUGGCUGCUAAUCUUAGUUCCAAACAUAUUCAUUCCAUUCUUACUAAACUUAGACAUAGAAACAUUCUGAAUGGUAGUCAAUGGGACAAACUGUUUCCACCACCAGGUGGAAGGACACCAAACUCUACUAACUUUGAUAUCACUCUUCUGUUCCUCUUGCUGACGAACAUUUGCGGACUAUCCCCUCCCCCCUCGGGCUCUUGGCACAAAAUGCCUCCCGCGAGUGACACCUCUAGAGAGGCUAACCUUGCUCGCAUGAAAUACUAUCGAAACGUGCUCUAUGGUCACGUGACAACAACUGGCAUUCAAACACCAGUGUUCGAUGUUAAAUGGCAGGAAGUUAGUUCCGUUCUUGUUUCGCUUGGGUUGAGUCAGUCUGAAGUGGACAGAUUAAAGCGAGAGCCCUGUGGGGAGGACUAUAUCAGCUCUGUUACUGAAUGGGUGAAAAAUGAUGAGGAGAUCCAAUUCCAGCUGAAAGAUCUACUUACAAAACAACAACAAGUGCUCCAAACCCAACUGGAAGAUCACAGAACUCUUCAAGAUACACACCAAACGGUUGGCAGAGUGGAACACACCCUUCAAGAUACACACCAGACGGUUGACAAUUUACAAAAGAUGCAAACAGAGGCAGUAAAAUUACAACAAAAGGACCACAGAAUUCUUCAGGACACGCGCCAAGCAGUUCAAGGUGUACCGCGGUUAGUACAAGAUGCAAAAGAGAUAUUAGGGAAAAUUCGGAGAACCCAACAAGAAUCGCAGCAGCAGAUAGAGUAUGAGGCUGCAAACACUGAAGAAAGAAGCGAUAAAGCUGCAGAGCGUGAAGCUCUGAGAAAAUUAGCAAAAGUUAAUACCGAGAGGGUCAUCCAGAAUCACUCUGGGAAAUACCAGGAGGGAACGCGCUUGCACAUCUUUGAGAAGAUCAAGUUGUGGCUAGACGACCUUUCAUCUGAAAAUCGUGUGAUAGUAAUCAGUGGAGAUGCGGGAAUUGGCAAAUCAGUGAUUUCCGCUGUCGUUUGUCAAAGAAUGCAACGUGCUGGUCGACUGUCGGGAAGUCAUUUUUGUCAGCACAACAAGGCGCGUCAAAGAAAUCCUAAGAUAAUGCUUCAAUCGUUAGCUUAUCAGCUGAGUGAGCUUUUGCCACAGUAUAAAAGAGAACUUGUAAAAGCACUGUCAGGAAACUUGGGUGAAGACAUCAAUAACCUAGAGGUUGGAGAGCUCUUUGAAUUGCUGUUCGAGAAGCCUUUAAUAAAUGUAGAUGAUCCGGGAAGAAGCUUGCUCAUGGUGAUUGACGGCCUGGAUGAAAGUGAAUACAAAGGACGCAAUGAGCUGCUUGAUGUCAUGGCUAAUCACUUUAGGACACUUCCUGGUUGGGUUCGAUUUUGUGUUACUACUCGACCGGAAAUAAAUAUCGCAGACCGUCUUAAAAAGUUCAACCCUGUUCUACUGGAGCAAGAUGAUGAAGAAAAUGUACAAGACAUCAGACUCUUCCUUGAAAAGCAGUUGAGCAGCGUUAUUCAAGCGGGCUGUAAAGAGGUCAUUAUCGAUGCACUGGUCCGAAAGGCUGCAGGGCAUUUUUUAUAUGCUUAUUUGAUGGUCGAUUUUAUCAUGGAAAACGUUUCACUUCUCACCCCCAAGGAGUUAGGAAGAACCUUUCCUUCAGGUGUAUCGUCUGUUUAUCAUUCCUACUUUGAACGUUUAGAGAAAGAAUUGAAAAUUAGUGAGGACCAGUUUUUGACUUUUCUAAGUGCUCUGGCGGCUGCAAGAGAACCACUUCCUCUAGACUUUGUUUCUAAGAUGAUGCUUUCGGACUCGAAGUCCCCAUCUGGUCCUCGGAAUGUAACAAAAGCUAUCAACUCUAUCUCAACCCUUCUACCUGUUCAUGAUGACUGCAUUGUGUUCUUCCACAAAUCAGUUAAGGACUGGUUGACAGACAGAACUGCCUACGGGCGACACAACUUCUCUGUGGAUGAAAAGCAAGGUCAUGUCAUGCUUUCUGAGCUCUGUACUAAUGAACUGAAUAACGUGAAAAGAAGAGGCGUUCACGGCACAGAAUUCAGUGGCACUGCAAGGUACGCCCUACAGCAUGGUGUUUAUCAUAUGCUCGAGUCUGGACACCUGGAACAGAGUACAAGAAGCUUUAAAGAAAUCGUUACCAACUAUGUUACCGAUUUAAACAUUGUGUAUGCAAAGCUUUGUGUAAACAACACGGCUAGUUCUGAGGACAUUAUCCUCACUCAGAAACAAGUAGCUUUUCAGGCAUUGAGUAGUGAGAGGCAAAAAGCCCUUGGCACGUUGUUGUCUCUCUUACGAAAGAACCAUGGGAGACUUUCGACGCAUCCUUGUACAAUAUUUCAAGUGAUGGUGAACGAGGGAGGGGACGUUUUUGCUGGUGAAGCGACAAAAGUUUUACAGAGUCGUAAAAUACCAUACAUGGAGUACCUUCAUAAGGAAGCUGUGAAGGAGUCAAAUAAGACCCAGGCUGAGUUUCCCUGUAACUCCAUGGUUGCUUGUUUUGAUGUUUCCCCUACGCAGGAGUUCAUGGUUUGCGAAUGUAUUGAUGGAAUGAUUUACCUUUGGUCACUCGAAACGGGUGAGCAAAGGUGGGUACGUCCGGUUGAGGUCAAGAAAUGCUACUUGGACUCUAAUUCCCCCUUAAGAGUGGUACCAAACUCAAAUGUAUACUCCUGUUAUCGCUCUGUUGUUUUUCACCCUACUGAGCCCAUGGUUUUUCCUGGAAUCCUUAGCCAUGUUUACUCGUUUGAAGGAAACCUCCAACCUCUGUUUCCUAGAAGCAACUGCAGAUUUUCUGUUUGUUCAGUUCAUGGGGACGAGAGCAAAAUUAUCACCGAUUUCCCUGGGGAUGCUAAAUGCCUUGUCAUGUGGAAUCUAAAAAAUGGUGAAGAGAUCACUCGAACCAUCAGAAAUGAAGAUGUUUUGUCUUUUGCUUGGUCUCCAGAUGGAACGCUUCUGGCAAUUUCCCAUUUUUCCGGACUGGUAUGUUUGGUUGACGCAUUGAACUGCUUAGAGACCACUCUCGCAGAAGUCGCCACCAAUCAACCUUGUGGAAUGAUAAGGUUUACCCCUGACAUUCAAUUCCUUUUUUGUUUGUCUCGGCCUAUGCUGCCAAGUAAAGACAAACGCAACGAGUUGCGAACCUUAAGUUUUCGCUUAAACGUCGUUACGUUGCCUUGUGGUACCUUUUCCUUGAACGUUUUAGACAAUGAUUUUGGCAUGGAUCCAUGGAAUUACGAAUCAUCCAGCAACGGGGGAUUCUUAAUGGGAGAUCCUAUGUUGUGCAACAUUUCCUCGAGCCGUUUAUUGUUUGCGUUUGUAUUAAACGAACAAAGUUUAUUGACGGUAUUUCCUAGCAACAGGAACAUUAAAAUGCUUAAAGGUUAUUUUCUUAAACAUGGAAAUUAUUUGUGGGAAACUUCGCAUUGUUCUUCUUUCUCUUCUAGUAUCUGUCGCAUUGCCUUCGCUUUAGAUGGAAAGACCAUUUAUUGUACCACUGAAGGGGAUAAGUCUGUACAAGUGGUAUGUUUGGAUGUGUCGAGUGGAGAUCGUAAAGCAAAGAAAGUGAUAAGGACAGUUGAUGUUUUACUUGUACCUCUGUCAGAGGGUGUCCUUUUGAAACAACGUGAACCGGGGGCGUAUGUUCAGCUAUGGAAUUUUCAGUUGUCACAACAGAUCCGAAGUUGGCCUAAUUUAAACGAGGUUAGGGAUAUAGUGCCACUUUCAGACCAAUGUGUAGCGUGUGUGGGGAGAGACUUUGAAGUAAGCAUCCUGGACACAUCAAAUGGAAACAUAGUGAAGACCAUCCCACUUUGUCAUGUGGGUUUCCAGUCAAAACAUCUUUCGUGGUAUAAAAAGGCCAUAGUAUGCAACAGUAAAUAUCAGCUGCUAUCCACCGCUUCAGACUCAAUUCAGCUGUCAGAUGGCAAAAAUGAAAUAUGGAAGAGAAAUCUGAAAUGUCCACUUUUUUUCGGUUGCUGGAGGCUACUUGGGAUGUUUUCUCCAACAGAGGAGUUUGUCCUUGUCUCAUCCACAAACUCUCCGUCCAAGCAAGAAGUACUUGUGCUUCAAGCAUCCUCAGGAAAACAUCUCCGGACGUUAUGCACCGUUGACAGUAUUCUUGGCUGUGCCUUUGUAAGUAAGACGGAAUGUGUUAUCCUCUGCAUGAAUACUUCAGGGAGUUAUUGUCUUCCGUUGUUCAAUGUUAGCACUGGGGAUUUCCUAACUGUACUUGAUAUAGAUUUUGUACCGUCCCGGUGUCUGGCUUCCUGUUCACAAAAGGGUUUGAUCGCUAUUGGCCUUGAGAACUCCAAAUGUAUUUGCGCAGUUAUCGAAGUAAAACAGCUGCGAGACAAAGUAAACCAGGAAGCAAAAGGUGAGCAAUGCGUUUUUUCCUUAUCGUUAGUCAAAGAAUUGCUAAGUGUAAAUACGUAGGGUCGACAGAUCACACCUACAUUAAAGUGGCAAUAUUGGUUCCCAAAAAAGGAACUUGUGUGA